UUCCACAACGGAAGUAGUCACGCAUGUAGUCAUGGCGUCCUCCUGUUCACGAGAGACAACGUGAUUACUCGAUAACAUGAGAAACUUUUUGUUUACUUAGACAGCCAAUAUCAGUAUCAUCCAAUUUCAGCAUAUCAUAAGAAAAAACUACGUUUGCAUUUCUGGACUUUUUCACUUGAAAGACGUAAAGUGAUUAGCACAGAAAUGGCUUCAUUUAAACCCACAAAAAUUCAAGUUUAUCCAAAACUUGGAGAGAAAGUCACUCAAGACACACUCUACUGGAAAAACUACAAGGCUCCAGUCCAGAUAAAAGAAUUUGGCGCAGUCACAAGCAUAGACUUCUCCCCGGUGACUCCACAUAAUUUUGCUGUGACAGCAUUCACAAGAAUCCACAUUUAUGGGCCAUUUUCCCAGGAGCCUGUCAAGUCAUUUACCCGUUUUAAGGAUACAGCUUACUGUGGGAGGUUCAGGUCAGAUGGUCAGCUCCUUGUGGCAGGAUGUGAGGACUCUGUCGUGCGACUAUUUGAUGUUAGUGGCAAGGUGGCCCUCAGGCUGUUUAAAGGGCACACAAAGGCAGUACAUUUAACAGACUUCACCUCAGAUCGUUACCAGAUCCUCACAGGGUCGGAUGACUAUACUUGUCGACUUUGGGACAUUCCAAAUGCCACUGAGCUCACCACCUACACAGAGCACGCAGAUUAUAUUCGCUGUGGUGUCACAAGCAAACUCAACAGAGAUCUCUUCAUAACUGGAUCAUAUGACCACACAGUGAAACUGUUUGAUGCCAGAGUGGAAAAGAGUGUGAUAACCAUGGACCAUGGCCAGCCAGUGGAGAGUGUCCUCCUCUAUCCCUCUGAGGGACUUCUUGUGUCUGCAGGAGGGCGCCAUGUGAAGGUUUGGGAUCUGCUAAAAGGAGGCCAGCCUCUGGUGUCACUGAAGAACCAUCACAAAACUGUCACAAGUUUGGCUCUCAGCAGCAACGGACAGAGACUGCUGUCAGCUUCUCUUGACAGGCACGUGAAGGUGUACAACACAACAAACUACAAAGUGGUCCACAACUUUGACUAUGCUGCUUCUAUCCUCAGUCUGGGUUUGGCUCCGGAUGAUGCGUCCAUUGUUGUGGGUAUGACCAACAGUAUUCUGAGUAUCAAACACAGGAAAAACCAAGAAGAUUCAAAGGAAGUAGCUGGCCAACAGAGGCGCCGUCCAUCGUAUCGUGUCUUUGUGAAAGGGAAAAAUUAUGUCCCUAAACAGGAUGAUUAUCUUGUCAGUAAGCCUGUCAAAGAACAUUUGGCCAAAUAUGACAAGCAACUUCAAAGGUUUAACGUAUCCAAGGCUUUGGAUACAGCUCUGGGGACAUAUAUUAGAUUCAGAAAGCCUGAGAUCACCGUGGCUGUUAUAAAGGAGCUGGAUAGAAGAGGAACACUGAAGAAUGCACUGGCAGGAAGGGAUGAACGAGGGCUCUCUCAGUUACUCAACUUCAUCAUUGGGAACUUGGUUGAUGCCAGAUUUACUCCUGUCCUCGUAACAGCAGCCGAGAUGAUCCUGGACAUCUAUCAGUCAGUCAUUGGCCAGUCACCCGUGGUGGACCGACAGCUGCUGCGGUUGCAGGACCUUGUGAAGAGAGAGAUCGAAUUCCAGAAGGACCUUUUGGAGGUGUUGGGAAUGUUGGACACAAUGUUUGCUUCCUCCCUCCCAAGAAAGGAGGUGCCAUGCUCUGGCAUUGGCAGGUCAAAUGGUCUGACUCAGGGAGAACCAAGCACCUCAAAACCACAGCUGCAGGUCACCUGAGACUUAUAAGCUACUUUAGACUGGGUUUAAGUACCUUUAAAACAUUUCUUAAUGGACCAUCAGACGCAAAGCUCCUGUCUAGGACAUUUCGAAAAAGAAAGGUGCAAGUUUUAAGAGACUGACGAAACACAGUCUCACUCUGGUGAUUUAAUUCAGUGUGACUAGCACAAUAAGGAUCAGAGAGACCAUACAUUUACUGUAUGAAGAAUAUCUGAAUGUGUGGAUGUAAAGCAAAGCAUUUCUUGUAUUAGAAAUCUUAUAAUUACAAGUCGAAUUGUAAAUGCGAGUCUGUAUGUAUGGUAGUGGCUGAGUUCACUGUGAGUGUGUAUUUUUAUAAUGUCUGACAUUGGUAAAUGUUUCAUGAGUAAAUAAAAAAUAAGUCGUUUGUCAU